GAAUACAUUCACACUCUCUGGACUGUAAUCUGUUCUUUUGAGAAUGAAGCUUCAUUUCGUCUGAGAGAACUUUGCUCAUCAAUAAAGGCGAAGUAGUGGUGAACCCUCUUGUCGCUCCUGCUCGCUCCGAAGAGAGAGAGAGAGAGAGAAGGGGGAGAGACGAACGCCGCGAGCGGACGGUGAUGUCAAGGCCGCUUUCGCAGCUCCUUCCCCCGGACCUGCCCCCUGCCGGAGCGAGCCCGCAGUUCGGGAGUAGCGGCCAAGCAGGAGCGUCGCUGGGCGGCGGACAUUUGAACUCUGUGGCCAAUCUCAAGUCUCUGCUCCAACUGCCUAUGAAAAGUGAUCAGCGUUUCAAAGACAGCUGUGAAAUGAAAGAUAAGGACAGGUUGGAUCUGGAUGAGGACUCUUUGAGUCGUUGUUCAAUGCGCAGUGGCGGGAACGUCGCCCUCGGAGACGGCAGCAACGGGGGAGGGGGCUCGGGGGGGUUCUCCAAUAACGCCUUCCUGGGCCCAUUGCUAUGGGAACGGACGUUGCCGUGCGACGGGGGGCUGUUCCAGCUCCAGUACAUGGACCUGGAGGAGUUUCUAACGGAAAACGGAAUGGGAAGCAUGCAUUCCAACACGAGCUGCCCCAGCGCUGGCCAGAUCCCUUCCCAGAGUUCCCAGUCCGCGAUGCCGAGCCAGAGUUCCCAGUGCCCCCCCACCUCCCCCGCGCCGUGCUCCUCCUCUUCCUCGUCAUCUUCAUCGUCGGUCUCCGCCUCCUCGUCGCCCACGCUGCUGGGCCUCGACAUGCCGGCCACGCAAAGCAUGAUGGGAGGGGCGUCGGACUGCCUGCGCGGCGGUUCUCAGACGGUAACCAUGGAUACCACACAGUCACCCUCCUCUUCCUCUUCCUGUCCUCCGCUCCCCACUUCCUCUCCUACCGCUAAUGGUGCCGACCUCAUGGCGAACUUUGACCCCGAGGCGGCUGACCUGGCCCUGUCGAGUGUCCCGGGUCAGGACGCCUUUGACCCGCGGAGACAUCGGUUUAGCGACGAGGAGCUGAAACCACAGCCCAUGAUUAAGAAAGCCCGCAAGACGCUGGUGCCGGACAACCUGAAGGAUGAGAAGUACUGGAGCCGGCGCCAUAAAAACAACGAGGCGGCGAAGCGAUCGCGGGACGCCCGGCGUCUGAAGGAGAACCAGAUCUCCGUCCGCGCCGCCUUCCUGGAGCGGGAAAACGCCGCCCUCCGACAGGAAGUGGCCGACAUGCGCAAGGAACUGGGCCGCUGCCGCAACAUCCUCAACAAAUACGAGAGUCGCCAAGGCAACCAGUGAGGACGGGGAGGCCGAGGCGACGGGGGGGCGAACUUUCCAGCAAGCGGGAAAGGACCGUUUGAUUGACAGCCGAAGUGAUUGUUGGAACGAUGAAUCCGAACGGAGGAAAGAUGAAAAACGAUGCGUGGAUGUGGACGAAUCGGAGUAACUGAGAUAAAAACGAAAAACGAAAAGCUAGACAGAGAUGCAGACAGACAGAUUCACACAGAGAAAAUAUUGUCCGGACUAAAAUGAUCGACGCGGUGUCUGAAAUCGGUGGUGAGAGGGUUUUGAUAGAUGGAGAGCAUCUUAUAUAUUUUUUUACAUUAGAAAUUGCACAGUAGCGGGAAGAGGCAAAUUUUGGAAUUAAUUUUUUUGUAC